CUCUGCACAUGAUUUGUGUAAGAUGACGUUUUAUUCUUCACUAUCCAACAAGUUAAAUUACGUUUUUUUGUCAUAAACGAUGUAAAUUAAGGUCGGAUUGUUAUCAGAGUUCAAUGUUCUACUGAAUUUGAAGCAGAAGUCUCAAGAAAUUGUCGGGGAAAAAACUCUGUGAAUAUGAGUGGUGAAGGUAAGGAUCACGAAGAAGAAGAUGAAGCAAAACUUCCUGGAUUCAGGUUUCAUCCCACUGACGAAGAGCUUUUAGGGUAUUAUCUUCGAAGAAAAGUAGAGAACAAACCCAUCAAACUCGAACUUAUCAAACAGAUCGAUAUCUACAAGUUCGAUCCUUGGGAUCUUCCCAGAGUAAGCAGCGUUGAGGAAAACGAGUGGUACUUCUUCUGCAUGAGAGGCAGGAAAUACAAGAAUAGUGUUAGACCAAACCGAGUCACCGGUUCAGGUUUCUGGAAAGCCACCGGUAUUGAUAAACCGGUUUACUCCAAUCUUGAUUGCGUUGGCCUAAAGAAGUCUCUAGUUUACUAUCUUGGUUCAGCCGGUAAGGGCUCUAAAACCAAUUGGAUGAUGCAUGAAUUUCGCCUCCCAUCUACCGCAAAAUCUGAGUCACCAACUCAACAAGCAGAGGUGUGGACACUAUGCAGAAUCUUCAAACGAGUCACACAUCAUCGAAACCCAACCACCCUACAACCAAACCGUAGACCGGUUAUCACCUUAACUGAUUCAUGUUCGAAGACAAGCAGCUUAGAUUCCGAUCACACUAGCCAUCACGUCGUAGAAUCCUUGUCCCACAAGCUACAUGAGCCGCAGCGUCAGCCACAGACGCAGAAUCCUUAUUGGAACCAACUUACUACGGUUGGUUUCAAUCAACCGACAUAUACUUGUCAUGAUAACAACUUGGUUAAUCUCUGGAACAUCAACGGUGAAGAUUUCAUCGGAGAACCAGCAAGUUGGGAUGAACUUAGAUCAGUUAUAGAUGGAAAUACUAAUCACUUGUAAUAACUUUUCUAUCUCCUAGUGUGGGAGAUGUGUUUGAUGCUGAUUUUGUUCUCAUUCAGAACCAACUCGGAUCCUGUUUUUUUUCCUUCAUGUUUUGAUACUACUAAUAAUAUUAUAUACAUAUCAA